GGGGCUUGUGCCACGCAGGCGCAGUGAGGGGGCAGGGCGCAACCCUGUGAGGAGGAGGCGGCGGCGGCGCGCGAGCGGCGGCGGUUGGUGCGCGCGCCAAGAUGAGUGAAUCUCUGGUGGUUUGUGAUGUUGCUGAAGACCUGGUGGAGAAACUGAGAAAAUUCCGAUUUCGCAAAGAGACCAACAAUGCUGCCAUUAUAAUGAAAAUCGACAAGGAUAAGCAGUUGGUGGUGCUGGAUGAGGAGCAUGAGGGCAUUUCUCCCGAUGAGCUCAAGGAUGAGCUGCCCGAGAGACAACCUCGAUUUAUUGUGUAUAGUUACAAGUACCAGCAUGAAGAUGGAAGAGUUUCCUAUCCAUUGUGCUUUAUCUUCUCCAGUCCAGUUGGAUGUAAGCCUGAGCAGCAGAUGAUGUAUGCUGGAAGCAAGAAUAAGCUUGUACAGACAGCUGAACUCACUAAGGUAUUCGAAAUCAGAAAUACAGAAGACCUAACUGAAGAAUGGCUGCGUGAGAAACUGGGCUUCUUCCACUAAGGAAAACCUUUGUUCUAAGUAUUUAUGUACCAUCCUGGUGAUACUGGAUCUAGACAUGAAUACUUACAUCCAAGCAAUGCACUGUAUUCACAGCUGUCUCCUGCAGUAUCUCUCUUGUGCAGAGUUUGUGCAAAGAAUGGCAGGUCUGUCUCCUUGAAGUAACAAAUCUUUGCAGGUGUUUCCUUAUUUGUACCUGCUAAAAGGGAAUACUCCUCUGCAGGGACUCCUUUUGCACUCCUGUGACUAAUAUUUCUGUAACUAAAAUAGUUCAGUUCUGGAUUUAUAACCGUGUACAAACAUCGUUUGGAAGCUGACGCUAACUUUUUCUGAGCUACAAACGCAUCCUUAUGACACACAUUAGCCAUUUAUAUGCAGAAUUUAUGUACUGUCGUUGCUUUUGGUUUUUUUCCCAACAAUCUCCCAGGCCUGUGGCUGUGCUUCCAGCUCUGUGGGCUCCAGGAGCAGCAGAGACAGCCGCUGCUCCCUCCCUGCCCCGUUGGCUCCUCAGUCACUGACACUCUCCUCGCUGUCUGAGUAGGCUCCCAGCAAACCCAGCGAGGACGUGGCUGCUGCUGCUGCUGGAAGCAAGCUGGUGUUGGCCACGCUGCCUUGGGAUUCCAUCUUGUUCUCCAGGGCAGGAUCCAGCUUCUGCUUCCUGCAGGCCACCAGCCCGGCCAGCUGGGCCUUGCUGGCGAGCUUGCUGAGCUUGCCCACGCUCCACUCCCAGCUCUCCGUCCUCGGCUUCUUGCUCUGGGGCUGGGGGUCCUCCUGCAGGAUGUCCGUGGGUUUUGUUUGGGCUGUGGGAUUCAGGCGGGGUUUUGCUGGUUCCUGGAGUCAGAAUCCACCAGGAGCUGGCGGUUCUGGGCCUGUUUCAGCAUGGCCUUCAUCUCCUGCUCAUCCUCCUCCUGUUCCUUGCACCUCUGCUCCUCCUCCAGCUCCUUCUACUGCAUCAGCAUGGCCUCAAAAUCCUGGCGUUGGUUGAGCUCCUUCAUCUCCUGCAGGUUCUCCAGAACCUCCAUCUCCAGCCUGGAGUCUUUGGUUCAGUUCUCCAGGACCUUCAUGGGAUUGUUGAGCUCUUCCCUCUCCUUCUGCAGCCUCUUGUCCUCCAGGAGCUUCUCUGCCUGGAAGUUCCUCACGGCGCCGUGCUCCAUGGUGUAAUCCAUGUUCUCGGGGUCUGUCUUGAAGGUGAUCUCAGCCAGGCAGCGCGUGCACUUGAUGUAGAAGCGGAAGAGGGGCAGCCCCAGGUAGAGCUCGUUCUGCACCGUCUCCUUACGGGCAUUGAACUUCUUGCCCUCGUAGAUCUAUUCCCCACAUGUCUUGCACCUCACGUUGAAGGGGGCCGCGAGCCUCACCACGUUCUGCUGGUCCUUUGGGAGCCUGAGCUUUGGGAUCUCUGCCAGGUCAAAGUCCGGGGGGUAAUAUUUGUUUAGCACUUUCUGUUCUGCCAUUGCGGUGGCUUCUCCCGAUCCCCGGUGCUUCCGCGUUUGACACAGGCUUGACUUCCACACAAUGACGGGUCCCCACGUCUGCCCACCAGCGGCAGCAGUGGGUGGGUGUGUCCAGUUGUCUUGGUUUGGAAGGACAGGUGUCUGCUAGGGAAAGCUUCACUUGGAAUGGAGAAUAUAAACCCCCUCCCUCUGAACUGUUAUAAUUUUGAAAUAAAGGGACUUUCAAGCAAAGAUAUAAGAAUAGGAAUAACAGUUCUUGACUAAGAAUAUUAAAAGUAAAAAUGUAGCAGUACAAAAAAGCAAACAAACAAACAAAAAGAAAAAAACACUGACAGAGUCAGAAUACAACCUGACACCCUGUUGGUCAGGGUGUUGGGACCAGUCCAAUUAAGUCCUCUUGCAGUGACAGAUGUGGCUCUGUGGGAGCAGAGGUGAUCCUGUAGCAGGGUGUCGUUUCUUCUGAAGGUCCAGUGGUGGGGAGAUGGGUCUGGUGUUCCUCUGGGAAUGCAGUGCACACAGGCUGUCCUGGUGUUCUGACUCUCAGGUUUUAUCCAGGUAGGAAUGCUGGGCUCCUUCCACUGCAUGGAGCAUCUCACAAUGGAAUGAUGGAAUUUUAUCAGUCAUGCAAUGAGCCUUAAUGGCCCAUUGACAGAUGAUUCCCCCUGGAGGGAGGGAUGGGUGGUGGAAGAGAUAAAGAACACUGCCACAGCUGGUUUUAGCAGCUGGCACAUUAACAGAAGACACCUGCCCCCCUCCCCUCCUGGAGAUACAUGGGAUGGGUUAUAGGAGAGAGCAAGAAACACCUCCCAAACCAGCUUCAGGAGAUGGUAAAGAAUACAUGCUUUUGGUUAGAUCUUGCAUUGCAACCCAAGACACCAGUGGAGGCAGCAUUUUAGGUGUGGUCUCACAGUCUGGCCAAUGAGCUCCAGGAUGAGGCAGUCCGAGCAUGUUUGUGGUGACACAGGACACAUGUGACUCCAGUGUGCUGUUGGGAUGGCUGUGCAGGCGCACUCGAUGCCUCUCCACAGCAGCAGGAUACAGCUUAGCACGGCUGGGUGAGUUUGCAGCGGGAUCAGCGCGUUCCACUGUCAGUGUGUCCCAGCACAGGCCAGCAGUGCUGCUCUGCUCCCUGGAAAAGGUGCCCUGGCGCAAGCUGGAAGCGCAGCCCUGCACUGCCGUGGGACUCUUCUCCAGGGGAAAGUCCCAGCAUGGAGUGGCAGCACAACCUCGUGUGGCUGCUUUGCCCGUCCUUCUCUCUUGCGCGUCCGUUCCAGCGCCCACGCCUCCUGCUGCUCCUCCCAGUGCCCUCUCCUCUCUGCCGGCCUCAGUUGGUGCCCACAGUGUCCCCACCGCCGUUCUCUUGUCACGCUCAGCUUUUAACUGCCUUAACAAGUCCACUCAAAGCCUCCAGGGUUUUAUCACAUUGAUGGCUGCCUCAUCUCCGAGGGAGGCUCCUCUGAUUAUAAACCUUCCAACCUGCUCCCAUGUUUUUAAAUCUGGAGCGCUUCCUUCAGUUAUAUACAGUCCGUGUUUCUUGGACCACGUUGGCAGGGCCAGUAAAGCCUGCUCAUUGUAUCUUACCCGUGUUUCUUUAAAAAAGGAAUCCAUACCUUCAUAAUGGGGUCUUCAUGUACUGGGGUUCACACUCCCAUAUUUUUCUUUCCUGAUGGCAUCUUCUACUCCCAUAAAAGGGGGAUCCAGACCCACAGGGUUCUCCACCACUUUCCACAGCUGCAUCCACUGCUCCGCCGGGAUUCCAUUGCUUUUUCCGCCGUUCUCCGCAGCCCUGACAGCUGCCGGCAGCGAUUCCCACUGCUAUCCCUGCUGCCAUCCCCGCUGCUCUCCGCAGCCUCAGGCACUGCAGGCGGCAAUUCCCGCUGCUGCCUCUCUGCAGUGUCCAUGGGGGUUCGUUGUAUCACACCAGUGCUCACCACGUGUCACGUGUGAUGCGUCCGAGGCACGAAAGCAACACGCAAAGAUCGUGCAGCAGCAGCCACCUUUGAGACCCGUCCUCCUGUAGAUCACAGGGCACGUGCAGUUAAUGCUCACUGGCCCAGCCAGCUGCCACCCGACCAGCCAGCCCCAAUCCCCAACAGGCCUUACUGGUCCAGUUACAUAAUUAAGGUAAUCAUAUAAUCAACCAUGUUUCAGUUGUAAAGGUAGAAUUAGUUUAUAACUGUGAGGCCCACAGGCCAGCUGUAGGCCACCAUGUGCUGCCACUUACCUGAUUUUUUGGCUUAGUGUCUUCUCAAUUUUGAAAACUGCUCACCGGAAACACUUGUUUGGUGUUAAAAAAUCAAAAUCCUUGUACAGCAAAUCCAUCCAUUUAUCGUUCCAUUGAGUCCAUGUGAACUGUCUCAAAUUCUUGGAAGUAAUUUUUGUCAUUCCAGUAGUUCCUCCGUUGCCUGAGUCAAUCCUCCUAAAUUUCAGGGCAAGGCUUUGACUGUCCAGUUGUCAUGCUAAUACAGUCUCACAGGAACUUGCUGAUAACUAAGGGCUGAACUACAACUCUGGUUCCUCUCGUACCAGAUUCCUUCUUGCAUCUCUAUUCUAACACUGUUGAGAAGUUUACCUCUGCUCAUUUCCUGUUAUCUGAACACCUGGUGAUACUGUGUGCCUUUCAUUUGUUAGCUUUAAAAGGAUUUGAGAAUUUUACACUGCCACUUCUUACAAAUUUGGUAAAAAACUUUGUUAAAGAAUCCAAGUAAUAUUUGUUCCUAGUGCCUCGUGCUGCAGUUGACAUCUGUUAAAACAAAAAGCCAACCUCAUUUUCUUUGAAAUUCCAAUCAUCUGCUCCAUUUGUAGGAGUCAGGAGGUUAAAUCUUUUCACGAUAAUGAACGAUUUAUAUCUCUUUUGUUAUAAAAGUUGGCCACACGUAGCUUUUGAGUACUUUAAUUACAACCUCUAACUUUCUUAAUGGCUUUUUGGUCAAAAUUACAUUCCAGAUAAGCUUUUACACAAGUGAUCAUUUGAUUUUCAUCUACUUAACAGUUCAUCUCUUUGAAACAGCAAACUUAAUGUGAAAAUAGUAUUUAACUUUUAUAAACGACCAGUCUUUUUACAGGUCUGUUUUUUAUUGACUAGAGUAGUUGUCUGAUGUGGGACACAUCCAGCCCGUGCUGUGGCAGGAGGAGCACUCAUGGGACAGUCUCUCCCUAUCCUGCUCAUGAGUGUUUGUUGUGCUACUGAACAAGUAUCUGCGUAAAGAGCAGCUUCCUGUUGAUAACAUACCUUAAAAUACAGCUGCCACAACCAAUCUGCUCGCUGGAAGGAACCAGUGUUAAAUUUGGAGGCCAGUAUUUCAUGCUGUGAAACCUUUGCUGAAAGUGGGUUAUUUUUCAUUUGUCAACAUAGGCCGUGUUAGUGGUAAAACACUAAUUCCUGCAAGAUCACAAGGAAUUCAUUGGCAAAGGUCUUCAGUGUUGGUAAAUCUCUUUCUAGUUUGAUGUUAUUGCUCAUUUAUUUGUAUAUAAAUCGGACUUGAGAGGAGCUUUUCCAAAUACAUGUUGGAAUGAUCCAAUUAAAUUGAUCUUUUGGUGCAGGAAACAAGUGCUUGUAAUUGAAUUUCUUUGUUAACGUACUGAACUGGAAAAGCAAUUUCAUUUCUCUGGACAAAAAAAUGUUGAUUAUGAAACUGUUGCUUGAUCAUUCUGUACUGCAGAUCAAUAAAAACAAUGUCUUUUGUGACAAACAUUGUAUAAAUAAGACUUGGGCUUAAAGGGUAGCGUCAUUCCAAGCAUCUGGAAACAGCAAGAAUCUCUUUUGAGGUUUUUUGGGGAUUGUACUAAAGGUGAGGCAUGUCAAAGUACAGUGUGGGCGAGAGGGAAGCUGCUGCUUGGAAUGUUCGGCUUGAUUUGCAGUGGGGAAAAACUGGAUUAAUCAUGUCUGUUGUACUUUGUACACUGGUGGGCUGCCAGCAGCCAACUGCUGCCUGCACAGGUCUGCACAAAAAGAACUGUACAGGAGGCCUGUAUCAGGAGGGAGCUGCUGCGUGAAAUUAUCCAAUUUGACCUUUCAUCUCUGAAUUGCUCCACUUCUGCCAAGAAAACAUUACUCCUUACAGCUGAACCUUCAGCUGAGUUCUUCCACUUCGCAUUUCUCGUGCCUCACUUAAGCACUUUCUGCCUUGAGUGCUGCCCCUGUAGCCUUGCAGGGAGCGCACAGAUCUUCACGAGAGUGUUCAAGGCCAGUUUCUCCUGGAAGGUGCUGUUGAUGCUGCUCAGCCCACCAGUAUUACCCUUCAGCCAGCCCUGCCUGGCAGCUGCUCUCCCUCCCCUGGCUGAGCUGUGGAAGCAGCUGCAGGUUCUGGGAGGAUGAGUGUGCAGAGGGUGUUUGCUGUUCAGCCUUGUUUGUGUUCUCCUUGCUCUUAAUGCAGUGUUUUGACACAACUGGCUGCUGCUAAUUGUGCUGGGCUCUGGAGAUGCAGGUAGUGCUAGCACUUGAUUAAACAAAGACAUCAUUAUGUUCAGGUCUUUCCUGCACAAUAAUCCUUGUUUUCAUAACAUCCUUUCCCCACCUUAUCUGUAGGACUGUGUGUUCUGUGUUGCUGCCCCCUUUGGCUCAGUGGGAGGCAGAUGAGUCCAUGUUCAGGCCAGUAUGCUCCAGCUGGGCUUUGCUGGUGAGUUGCCCAUCUCUAAUCACACAUUUCUCCUGAAUUUUCAGACCUCUAAAGGACAAUAUAAAUUAACCUAGGGGAGCCUUUGUAGCUAAAGGUCUGAGAGUCAGCAUUUUCCAUUGGUAGCUCCUAUUUUUCAGGAGUUAGUAAGCUGGCCAUAAAAUCCUUGAUCUGGAGUUAAAGGUCUCUCCAAGGGAGACUUCUGCCACAAUUAAUCAGGUUUGCUUUAAAUAUUGACUAGAUGGCUGGGAUACAGCUCUUGUAAUCCUAUUCAUUGAUGGUAAGCUGAAUUAAAGCAUGAGUUUGCAUGUCAGCUCAUGAAAUAGAUUUGUAGUGUUAUGAAUAUUUUUAACAAAAAAAUGUAAAUGCUGGUAUUUGAUGGUUUAAGUGUAUUUCUAGUAUCAUGAAUACUGUUCUAAUAAAGGAGGCAAUAAUGCAGGUGUUGACACCUUUUUCACUUCUCCAAAGGAGCAUCUUUGCAUUUGUACCAGGAUUCCACUUUUGUAUCUUUAACUGUAAAAUAGAAACAAUGGCAGGGGUCUGACUCAAACAGGCAGAAGCAAGAGAAUUCAAUUCCUUACUUCAGUGCAUUCCAAAAAUAAACAUGAACACUUUUUUAAUACAUACAUGUAGUGACUGUGAAAUGGAGCCGUGGUAGGACAGGAGAAGGGGCUCAGUGAAACUCCUGUGUUUGUGCUGUGGUUCAGACUCAUUGCCUUAAAAGGUGUGUGAGGUUCACGGCCAGAUUUCAGAAUUUGGCAGUUCCGUGAAAAUACCAGUAACCAGUGCAACUUCCAUCUGCUGUUUAGUCUCUGCUACUUCACAUUGCAUGUUUACUUUAAACCAAAUCUUUUAUUGCUAAGCA